AUGCUGAUGGAGCAGCGGCGCGCAUCAACCACCAGCCAGCCGCAGGGCGCUCCGCAGGCGUGGACGCACUGGACCAGCCGGCCCAGCAUUGCAGCCGAUGAGGCCAUGCUGCGACGCAUGCAGGAGCGGUUUGGAGCGCCGCCGCCGCCGCCGCCGCCGCCCCCACAGCCGGCACAGCAGCCGGGUCCACCACUGGGCGGUCCACCGGCUCAGUAUCUGCAGCAGGCGCCGAAGCUGCCGCACUCGAUGGCCACGUUCUCGAUGCAGACACCACAGCCCCAGCAGCAGCAGCGGCAGGCGUACUAUCCCCCGGGCGGCUCGACGCGGCUCGCACCGCCUGCACCGGGAGUUGCAGGCAAGUCGCCGCCGCCGCCACAGCAGUUCCGGCCCAGCACCAAUACGCCUGGAGCAGAGGCCACACAGUGGAAGCCACCCGCAAACAGUCUGGGAAUCAGCAGCGGGGCUCCGCCAGCCGGGCACUUGGCACCGCCACCGCCGCCUGCGGGACUGCGAUUGCCGCCGCUCGAGUUUGGCCCGCCGCGGCGGCACUCGCUGGCGGUCACAUCGCAUCUGGAUCGGUACCGGGCACGCGACGGCUCGCCACAGGCUGAUAACAAGCCGGCAAAGCAAGGCCCACGGCUGCCUCCGCCGCAGGGUUACACCCAGCCGCAGCAGUACCUGGGGCCGACCAGUGUGGCAAAGCCCACAGUGUUUUCAUCCCCACAGAGCACAUCGCCGCCCCAGCCGCCACCACCAAUGGCAGGCGGGGGAGGUCUGAUGCGCCCCACAUUGCCGCACCUGGCGGACACGGGUGAGCUGCCGGCAUUGGCGGUGCGGGUGCCUGAUAACCAUGACCAAGGCGACAGCCGGCGCGGGUCGGUUUAUAGCAACGAGCAUGUACCGGAGACGCGGCGGUCGUCGAUAAUAGCGCUGACCAAUCACACGCCUGAGAGCCUGGGCGAGCUGCGCGCAGAGAACGCAGAGCUCAGGCGCCGUAUCGACGACAUGGAGAGCCGGUACAUGAGGGAAACAGACCAGCUCAAGACAGUGAUCAAGGAGCUGCGGAUCGAAAAGUCGCUGCUCAAGUCGCUGCUGAUGGAGAAGGGCGAGGUGGUGUCCAGCCCGCAGAUGCAGUCGUCGGCGUCAUCGCCACGACCGCCCGGCGCUUAA